ACCCCAUUGCCAACUUUCUCGCAUUUCCUUUCUUACUUUUUGGACUCUCUUUUUCAAACUCUCUCUCUCUCUCUCUCUCUCUCUCUCUCUCAUAUCCCAAACUCCAUGUCUGCUCUCCACUAAACCCUCAUCUCAGUUCUGUAGAAAAUAAACAGACAACCAUUGCAAGACAUGGGCGCUUCUGGGAACAAUUUACUCCAAGUCAUCGCCAAUAACUUAGAUGUUCUUUUAUUGCCUUUAGUCACCCUGGUAUACCCUUUAUAUGCUUCGAUUAAGGCUAUAGAAACCAGGUCCAUCACUGAUGAUCAACAAUGGCUCACCUAUUGGGUUCUUUAUUCCUUGAUCACACUCUUUGAACUCACAUUUGCCAAAGUUCUUGAAGCGCUUGCUAUUUGGCCUUAUGCCAAGUUGAUUCUCAGUUGCUGGUUGGUGCUGCCACAUUUCAAUGGGGCAGCACAUGUUUAUAAGCAAUAUAUUAGACCCUUCUACAUGAACCCACAACUGCCCCAAAUUCCUCAAGCUUCUCAAAUGUGGUAUUUUCCGCGUAAGAAGGACAUAUUCAGUGAACCAGAUGACGUUCUAACUGCCGCUGAGAGAUACAUGGAGGAGCAUGGAACAGUAGCAUUUGAGAGACUUAUUCACAAGGCCGACAGAGAGGCUAGAGCGAGAAGGAAUGGAAAUUACAUGGUCUUUGAUGAUGACUAUAUAUAUUGAAGGGUGUUUAUGAAUAUAAUUCCUAAUCUGUAGUGUUACUGUUGACAGUUUGCUAAAUACUGCAGUAGUUAUGUCAUGGCAUGGUAACUAAAUUAUGAACACAUUGCAUUGGCUAUAAUUCCCAGGACAUUGAAUUCACCAGAGUUGUUUUCCAUGCCGAAGAACUAAGAAGCAUCUUCUCAUUAUCAGUGGGAUAUUGGAGGAAAACAUAUAUAGGUCCGUCAAACUCUGUGAAGGUUGAGAAACUGAAUUGAUUUUCUCCAAUUCUCACGCGUAGUUUCUACUCUUUGCUUAAAAUUCUUUAUUAGUCUUAACUGAAAGAUGUUCCAAGGAGUUCAAAUUAUAUUCAUUGUGUAAAGGAAUCAUCGCCUGUGGGUUAGUUUCUCUCUCUGAUUCUCAGCUCAGUGACAAAUGUGGGUUGUUACUUGCUUCAAUGGGCUAUUGUACUCGAUGAAAGCCUGAAGAAUCUUAUAAUCAGGAAUGGCCAAAGGGCACGUGAGCUUGUUGCAAAGUAUAUCAACUUGUAUUACUAUUCUGGCAAGCAUGGCAGAUUUAAAAAUAUGGAUGUUUUCUUUUCAUAUGCA